GGUUGUUACUUACCUGCACAGGUAACAGAAGCAACAGGUCAUUUCUCUACUGAGGGGGGGCUCCGCCCGUCGAGCCGCGCUGCCGGCCCGGUCUCCACUCCAGUCGCGCUCCGCAUUUCAUACCGAUCGCUCCACGUCCGUGCGUCGUCUGAUUACAACACGAUACUUUCCCGCGACCGUAUUGACGCGGUAAUAAGUUAUGUGCGCUAACGCACGGCGAAUAGUAUCGUCGGUUCUCGUCGGUGGUCGAUCGUGACAGCUCAAAUGUCUCCCAGUUUAGAAGGGAUCAUGUUCAAUAGGAACACGAACCUGUCUGCGCGUCGGCCACUGUUAGUGGAGGCGCAAAAGCCUCUAGUGGUGCCUCCACGCGCUCCGCCCCGCGACACCGGCUCGCGGAAGCCUUUGCCUGCGCCUAGACACGUACCAAAUGAGUAUCCCUACGAAUACCGACCGGAUUACUGGAAACCAUCGAACGUCGAACUCGAGAAACGAUUGCAGGAGUCGCGGGCUCGCGAGAAAGUUGGCUACUUUCAAGACAAGGUAACGUCUCCGGAGCUGAGCUUGGACCGGAGAGAAGCGGAACUAGUUUUCAAGUUCGACCCUCACGCUUCGGCAGAGUACCUUUCGAGUCAGUAUAGAGCUCCCACAGUGCACUAUGCGAAACCCGCAACGCCAGUAAACGGGUUUUCCAACCGUCUCCCCGAGAGAGACGGUCCCUUUGUGUUUGGCGUGCACAGUCCGAGCCAAUUCCCGAUCCCACGACGGGACGAAGACGAUUACGAUUAUUCUGAAGUGGCCGAGGAGAAUGGCCGAACCGCAGUUCGUGACGAUGUGUCGGAAGACUUAAAUUGCUGUGAUAAAGUGAACGAGUGGGCUGUACGCGAUAAAAAAUGCAGAAGGACCUUGAAUCGGAUGUUCCAAAUUAAAGAUAGGAGGAAGGUGAAAGGUGGAAAUAAAGAGAAGAUAAAGUGUGUGUUGGUUGGUGAUGGAGCAGUGGGCAAGAGUUCUUUAAUAGCUGCGUAUGCGCAGAACAAGUUUCGGGAUGAGUAUCAACCGACUGCAUAUGACACAUUUAAUGUCGCUGUGGACGUGGACGAUCGGCAGGUCCGCGUGGAAAUCUGUGAUACUGCUGGACAGGACUCAAUGUCGAAACUCCGUGAGUUGUGUUACCCUGGCACCGACGUUCUGAUGCUGUGCUUCUCCGUGGUCCGGCCAGAGACGUUUCGCUCCGUGGCAGAAAAAUGGACAAAGUCCGUUGCUGGUGUGAACGCACCUUUAAUUUUGGUUGGAACGCAGAGCGACUUGGCGCUAGACCCGAGGGUGCUGCAAUCUUUGCGAGCCCGAGGAGAGCAUCCGGUUACGGAAAUGGAAGCGCGAUCGCUUGCCGCGAAAAUCAACGCCAACUACAUUGAGACUUCAGCCAAAACUAGGAAUAAUUUGAAAGACGCAUUCGACGCGGCCAUCUUGGCCGGGUUGCCAGUGAGAAAUAAUAGGAAACCCUUUUGGAAGAGGUUAUGUUGCAUGAGCUAGGCAAUUUAAAAAAUAAAUCUUCUAUGAUAUGGUUUGCCAGGUCUUACUCUGAGGUGGAGAGAUUUAGAUAACAAGAUUUCAAGCACUGAAAAAAUGGUACUGAAGUGAUCUUACUAUGAAUCCGAAAGUUGAUCUGUUUUAAGGAAAAAAAAGGUUAGGUACCUACCUACACGCAUUGUUUUGAAAAUGAAAGCCUGAUAAACGGAUUAAAUACUGCAAACCCUGGUGUCAGAGUUUACAAUUUAUACAGAUUCAUAUCCUCAUUAUGUUUAGUGGACGACACAGAAAACGAUACCUUCAUAGCAUAGACGUAUUGUAGGUAGCAUGUACCUUUAUUUUUGGCCCACUGUACGUAAAUACAGAUCAAUAAAUUUAAAGUUUUAUACCAAAGUUAAUAAAGAUCAAUGAAAUUCUAAGCCCUUAACUUCUAAGCCUGGGCUAAUGUUACAUUAGUACCAUAAAAUAGUGCUAAAGGUGGAAUUCACGCAAGGGGUAUUUAUUUUAUCAAUGGUUACCUACAUUAGUUCUGUUUUAUCCACCAAAUUUCUAAAGCAUAAAAAGGAAAAGUGGUUGCCAUGCUGCUUUAUGGAUAAAUUAUAAAUCGGGCAGUUAGUUAUGAACUUAUGACUUGGGUAUUAAGGCAGAAUAUUUGGGUAUUUCAAGUGUGUAACCCCAGGCAAAAGUUAAUUAUGACUAUCACUAGUAAAUAUGGACAAAGUCGCUUCACCUGUAUGUUCUUAGAUUAGUAUCCCUUUUGACCAACAGCGUGAUAAGGGAAUGUUGUGAUGUGAAAGAAGAUGUAGUUACAGGAAUAGAAAAGGGUAUGUUGAGAUGGUUCGGUCAUGUGGAGAGGAUGAAUGAAAACAGGUUGACUAAGCAGAUAUACAAGGAGAGUGUGGAGGGAAAGGUCGGGGUGGGAAGACCUAGACGAACAUAUCUUGAUCAAAUUAAGGACGUCCUGGUGAAGGGUCAGGUCAAAAGUGCCCGAAACCGCCGAGCUUGCAUGAAGAGAGUUAUGAAUGUGGAUGAAGCAAAGGAAGUAUGCAGGGAUCGUGGCAAGUGGAAAGAGGUAGUCUCUGCCUACCCCUCCGGGAAAGAGGCGUGAGUUUAUGUAUGUAUGUAUUUGACCAUGGUCCAUUGGGUAAGACAGGCGGUUGCCAACUUUUACAACAUAUUUAAGUAUAUCUUGUUACUUAUGAAAAAUAUCUACUUACAAUUCCUUAUUAAGUACGAGUAUUACUUACUAAGUACUUUGCAAAAGUAAAUAAAUUGUCCUUGAACUAAGAUAGGUAUCUACUUAAUUCAAUAAAUAUAAAAAUAAUCAAGCACGUAUAAAAGCAGUGAAUGUAAAUUGCUUGACCUAAGAAAUAUUUUGUACUAGCUUUUACCCGGAGCUUCGCGCGCGUGAAUUUAGCUCCACCUACAAUCCCACGGUAAUUAGAUAUAGUUUUGCCUGGAUGAAAAGUAUCCUAUGUCCUUCCCAGACUCUUAAUUAUAAAGACGCAAAAGUUUAAGAAAUUGGUUCAGAAGAUGACGAGUAAAGAGACAACAAACAAAC